CCCACCCCUGCGCCCUCGGGGGCACCCCAUCGCGGGAGGGUGGUCCGCCGCGCCCCGGUCGCCUAGGGGCGGAGAGGUGGCGGGAACCUCCUUCCCGUUUCCGCCGCGGGCAGCGUGCCGGCCAGUGCCACCGGGAGGCGCGGUCGUCCCUCCGCCCGCGCGCCGGGGGCCGGCCCUGCCGCCUGCGCCUUUUUCCCCGCGCUCACCGCGGCGGCGCGCGGUCACUAGCCAACCGCAGGGAGCGCGGUGGCUGCAGCGCCCUGCGCUCGGAAGAUGGUCCCCGCGGCCGGACAGCUCGCUCUGCUAGCGCUGGGUUUCGUGUUAGCUGUGUGCCAGGCUCUGGAGAACAGCACAUACCCCUUGAGCGACUCCCCCGUGGCGGCUGCAGUGGUGUCUCACUUCAACGACUGCCCAGAUUCCCACACUCAGUUCUGCUUCCAUGGAACCUGCAGGUUUCUGGUGCAGGAGGAGAAGCCAGCGUGUGUCUGCCACUCUGGGUACGUGGGGGUUCGCUGCGAGCAUGCAGAUCUCCUGGCCGUGGUGGCUGCCAGUCAGAAGAAACAGGCCAUCACUGCCUUGGUGGUGGUCUCUAUCGUGGCCCUGGCUGUCCUGAUUGUCACCUGUGUGCUGAUCCACUGCUGCCACAUCCGCAAGCACUGUGAGUGGUGCCGCGCCCUUGUCUGCAGACACGAGAAGCCCAGCGCCCUUCUGAAGGGAAGGACCGCUUGCUGCCACUCUGAGACAGUGGUCUGAAGAUCCCAGAGGAGGAAUUCGGCCAGGUGACCUAUGGAAGGCCAACACCAGACAAGCUUCUUGGGACAAUGCCACUGGCAGUACCCACGUUCCUGGGACCUGCUGGCAGACUUUCCCUGUGCAGGGCGCAAUGCCUGUGCGGCCAUCUGUCCUCUACGGGCCUUCAAAACUGUGUGGUAACUCUGCCUGCCGGGCUUCCUCAGUGCACCCUAGAGAAGAGGCCAGUAGACAAUGUUUCAAGACAAACUGAACAAGAACCUCAAAGGGCUUCCUGGCCUUCUUGCUAACCCACACCCGGCAUGCACUUGGGUUGGUGUCUCCUGCCAGUCAUGGAUACCAGGCUGUUUCUUCUCAAUGGGCCAUCUGGUCCCAGCAGAGACUCCAUGGUUGAUGUACAAAAUGGACAAGGGAGAAGCCUAUUACUAUAUGAAGACAGCGUGGCCUCCUAGGACCCUUGACAUCUCCUCAAGCUGUUGCCAGGAUGUGUGUCUUAUUUAUUCGAUGGAUAAUGGUUUUAUCUUUGAUCUCUUAAGUCAAUGUCAGGCAUCCACAUUAACGAUACAAGAACAGCUGACUGUGACGUUACACCAAACAGAAACGUCCAGCCACUUUGAUAAAGCCCGACUGAGGGGAGGGGUGCCUCCCAGGGGCUGUAGGGACAGAGGCCAAAAGUGACUCUGAUGGGAACAGAACUGCUAUUUGGAGGUCAUGCCCUCUAAGAUUCAAAGCGGAAAAGUCCCCCCAGAUACACAUGGUCGCAAAGUUAGCAAGGCCAGUGGCAGAGCCCCCUCCCACGGGGGCAAGAGCACAAAAGAGCCUGCGGGGACACCUAGGGAGGACACACAUGCCAGUGCUUGGCUAAGUGGAUUAACUUCCUCGUGAGCUCCGGCAUUAGCAGCGAGUUAUGGGCCAAAUCCAUGAAGGGGACCAGCCCUUUAUUUUCCAUGCUUUUGCCUUGGUUUUUGCUUUAUUUUCAGAAGGAGAAACUUAACUUUCCUAUUUAUUUUCAAGCAUUAGGAUAAAUAUCCCACUGUUGGAUUUUGUUUGUUUGUUUUGUUUUCUUCCCUUUCAGAACGUUGGCAUUAUUAACAAAAUUGCUACCAAACCUCUCCACUCCCUUCUGGAGAAGGAGACCUGAGCACCCAAGGGUGCUCUGACCCAUUGGGCUCACCCACAUCCCUGGGCUGCUCGGUACUGUCUGGAGACAGAAUGACAGUUAGUAUAUAACGCUGCUUAGGGAGGAGGACAUUGUCUAACUCAGAAGUGUAAAGCCCGCCCCCAUCAGCCCCCUAGAGCCUCUGACUCUGCCUCGGGAGAGGACAUUCGAUACACCAAGUCGAUUUGGUUUCUAUCAGAAAGUUGGCUUCAUUCUUCUUCCAUCCCACCUUUUUCUGUAGAUUUUUCUCUUCUCCUAGGAUCUAGGCAUUGAUCUGCCCCAGGUCUUAACCCUGGCCUGCUCUGCUCACAACAACUGGAGCCCCCAAAGAAGAAACUGGGUCUGUCCAGAGCUGUCCUCUAGCUACAGAGCUGACGCAGCUCCAGGCAGAAUUCAUCACUUUUGUUAUUAUUAUUAUUUUGGUUUGAUGUUUUGUUGUUUCUUUUUGUGAGACAAGUUCUUGCUGUAUAGCCCAGGUUGGCCU